AUGUUGUAUUACCGUGAGGGAGGGGAGGGUGCGGGUCGUGUGUUAGAUCGUGCGUUGGAGUCGAGCGAAGACGAAUUGGUUUGGACUCCGAUGCAGGGUGGGUCUCCACAGUUGUUGACGUUGGCUCGGAGUUUCCAGGCGGGUACGGGAGUGGUGCGUGUGCAGGUGGACCCGCGGUUCUGGCGGCCGGCGAGGCAUUUGAUCUCGCCGGCGAAGGAGGAACUGCGAGGCUAUUGCGAGCUUUGGAUGCAGCAGCCCCAGUUGGAACGGGGUGGAGGACGAGGGUCGAGUGAGACGCGAAGGACUGUGGGGCGACAUGAGCGACGGAUGAGCGAGUUGCGGGAACCAGAUAUGACCAGGGAAAUGGCCCGUGAUCUGGCCCGGGGUAGUCUCAAGCCAAGUAGUCUGCAGGCGCCUGUACUUGCUCCAAGUAGUCUGAGGCCACAGACACCACUGAACCCUGGCCUCAAGGGAGCGAUGCUCGAAGCCUUGGGCGAGCUGACGCCCGGAUAUUUGCGCGAAGUGGACGUGGACUUGGUCCUGCACGGCUGGCUACUACAACCCUUCGUGAUGCAGCCGUUACUACAAGGCAUGGUCAUGGGGCGUGGUAAUCCGCACGGAGCCCCCGACGCCGGUCCGCCCUCCUUUUAUAUCGGAUGGGGCGGCGGCACGGCGCCCCGCGGCUCGCUGCGGAGCCCCGCCACUGGGACUCGAACCACCGUCCUUUUCGUCUCCGACUGCUACGACCGCAUCCCGUCUCCCAGGGCCUACCAACAAUGCCUCCUCGUCCUCUGCCAGUCCGCUGUCGAGGCACUACUCACCGGACUCAGCUCCGUCUGCUACUUUUGCCUCUGCUCCCGCGAAUUCGUACAAUUCGGUAUUGCUCAGCGAAGACCCUCCCCCAAAGCCCUCACCGUCGCGCCCAUCACCCGGAAACUCGACUGGCGGUCUCUCAAAGACCGAAAAAGAAUGGCCGAAAUGAGCAUCGGAAUCUGCUACUGGGUCCGCAACAAGAUCAAGCUUCCCUAA